AUGGCGGAACAUCCCACAGCGACAUGGCAGGCUAUGCAAGAUGGGACUGUAUUCUACAAACGACAUCAAUUGUAUUCAAUACCGGGCAAAUUCCCUCCUCUGAAUGACUUUGUGAUAGCUGGAUGCAGGUAUGGUGGCCCAAUAGCCCUAAUGCGAGACACGACAAAGGUCAUCGCACUGGGCACAGCCGCGCCUUCGUUUUCCAAAGCGCAAAUUCAUGUAUUCUCCUCAGCAGGAGAUGUAAUGCUAGUCUUCAGUGUGUGGGACCAUGGCAAAAUUGUGCGCUUCGGUUGGACUGCUGACGAACGACUAGUGGUACUCAACGAGGAGGGCGUGUACCGAUUAUAUGACCUGCAAGGAGAGUAUCAACAAUAUUCUCUUGGGAGUGACGCAGGGGAGUUGGGGAUCAUUGAUGCUCGUAUUCACGAGAACGGCAUUGUAGCGUUGACCGGCUCGCUGACGCUGCUCGAAAUCAAGGAGUGGAAUGGCGGAAAACCACUUACGCUAGCGAAUCCAGGCUUGUCACAGCCUCCCCAUUCCUGGGCAGUAAUUCCUCCUGACUUCACGAUAUCGCGUCACGUCGAGGUCCUCAUGUCUGUCGAAUCAUCCAUCUAUAGUGUGGACAACCUUGAGAGCGUAGACCAGCAACUGUCUCGUGGACCCUUCACUCGAAUGUCUCCAUCGCCUAAUGGCAAGUCACUGGCAUUGCUGACGUAUUCAGGCUUGCUCUGGGUGGUCUCGACUGACUUUCAACGGAGUCUGGCCGAGUUCAACACCACGGAUGCACCUGGCGCAGAGGGCGAAGUAAGACAAAUCGAGUGGUGCGGGAAUGAUGCCGUGCUUGUAACAUGGAGCUCACUUGCGCUGUUGGUCGGUCCUUUCGGGGAUACUCUCCAAUACUUCUAUUCCGGACCAACAUUUGCCAUUACUGAGACAGAUGGAAUUCGAAUAGUGGGACCAGAUAGUUGUGACUUUGUUCAGAAAGUACCAGCGUCUUCUGUAUCAGUUUUUCGCCCAGGAUCGACUUCGCCGUCAGCAAUUCUGUAUGAUGCAUGGGAGAAUUUCACUCGGCGCUCACCCAAAGCAGACGAAAGCAUCCGGACCAUUCGUCCGGAGCUGGGUUCUGCUGUGAAUGAGUGUAUUGACGCUGCAGGCAGAGAAUGGGAGCCCUUCUGGCAACGUCGAUUACUGAACGCGGCCAAAUUUGGAAGAGCUUUCCUGGAUCUGUAUGACCCAACGGAUUUCGUCCAAAUGGGACAAGCUCUCAAAGUACUCAAUGCUGUGCGUUUCUACGAGAUUGGUAUCCCCGUUACAUAUGCCCAAUACACCCAAGUCUCUCCGUCACACUUGAUUAACCGACUGACAGCUAGAAACCUUCACCUUCUUGCUCUACGUAUAUCAUCAUUUUUGUCAUUGAAACCUGAUGCAGUUCUCAAGCAUUGGGCAUGCGCCAAGAUUGUACGGUCAAAACCUACAGCAACAGGUUCUGGGAAAGACGCCGAGCUCGAUGGUGAUGAUGCCGUGUGCAGGUCUAUCGUGGAGAAGUUCGAAAAAAUGGGUGACGGAAACGCAAGCUACGCUGAUAUUGCAAAACGCGCAUGGGAAGUAGGACGUGCCACAUUAGCGACAAAGCUUCUAGAUCAUGAACCCCGCGCAUCGGAUCAAGUGCCUCUUUUGCUUAGUAUGAAGGAAGACCGCCUCGCGCUUGUGAAGGCCGUGGAAAGUGGCGAUACAGACCUCGUUUACCAUGUGUUGCUGCAUCUGCAGCGAAGGCUGCCCCUGGGUUCAUUCUUCCGACUUCUUGAAGAGGGCGGAAAUAAGCUCGCUCCUGCGAGCAAGCUGCUUCAGGUCUAUGCUCGAGAGCAAAAUCGGGAGAUGUUGCGCGAUUUCUACUAUUCAGACGACCGGCGGGUGGAAAGUGCCGUCCUUUGCUUGGAUGAAGCGUUCACUAUGAUGGAUCCCUCUUCAAGGAUUGCAUCAAUCAAGUCAGCGCAGAAAUUUUUCUCGGAAGAUAAAGAGAGGGGUUUCGAAGCAAAGAUGAUGGAUGAGUAUUCUCGGCUGCUUACUACUCAACAGCAACUGGAAAAGGAGGCUGAUGGGAAGUUAUCUUUCUUUGGGUUGAGCGUAAACGACACUAUUCGUACAUGCCUGGUAAACGGCAUGGCGAAACGCGCAGACAAGCUCAAGACAGAUUUCAAGGUCCCCGACAAGCGGUUCUGGUAUAUCAAACUUCAGGCGCUGACUUCCGUGCGAGAUUUCGAGGGGCUGGAUACCUUCGCGCGCUCGAAGCGAAGCCCUAUUGGUUAUGAGGCAUUCGUACGACAUUUAGCGGAUAAAGGUCACAUGAAGGAAGCCGCCUCAUACGUGCCCCGCUGUGAUGCACACAAGCGUGUCGACUUAUACGUGGUGUGCAGCGAGUGGCGGAUGGCAGCCAAGGAGUGUAAAGACAGGGGCGAUAAGGCGAAAUUGGAGUGCGUCUCUGUUUACGCAACUAAAGAAGUCGUGUCCGAAUUCUCUCAUCGCGAGAGAGUUGGAGCAGGUGGCGGCUUCUAUGAAAUAGCUUCCGUUCCUGCUCGUGGCCUUCCGCCGGCGGCAGCGCCAACUGUCUCAUGGUAUACUGUACCAAGGGCUGGGAUCAUCACCCACUGUUGCAUCACAGAUCCAAGUGUUGGACAAGUACACGAGUGA